UGGAAACACCAUGGAAAGUUCAGUGUCUUUUUGCACUGUGAUUUUACUGUACUUCAUGUCUUCUUCUGAAACUACUCAUUGGAUCACAGAAAAGUGCAUACAGACUGCUGGUGGUUGUGACUGUAGUGGUUUGGCACUACAGUUUGUGCCAGAUGAAGUCCCAGACUCUGUCAAAACUCUUGAAUUCAGCUUCAAUUAUCUACCAGCAUUGUACAACUCUACGUUCCAAAGGCUGAAGAGUCUUGUUUUACUGGACCUGACAAGGUGCAGUAUUACUUUCAUGUAUGAGGAUAUCUUUCAGCAUCAGCCAAACCUUGAGAGUCUUAUUUUGGUAGGAAACCCAUUGCUGUUCAUAGCAGAAAGUGCCUUUUCAGGAUCACAUGCCCUGAAAUACCUCAACCUAGCUCGGUCAAAGAUACGCAGUCUAACAGACAUCCCUGCUGCCAAUCUCAUGUUCUUGGAGACUCUGGAACUUGCAGGAAGUGACAUUAGUUCCUUGGAUGGCCUGAGUAAUUUCAAUUUGCAACAGAUGAAGAGGCUUCUUCUAGGCUUGAAUUCUAUUGAGAAGAUAAGGGCAGCAGAUAUGGUAGGGCUUCAGAAAGCAAGUGGAAUAGAGCUCAGUUUCAAAGGUAACAAUCUUGUUGAUGUUGAGCCAAAUGCUUUUCAAGGGCUGGACAUAGACAGUUUGGAUUUCAGUGGCUGCUUCAACAAAAUGAACACUUCUGUGUUACUGAAGGGACUAGAGGGAAUGAAAACCAACAAACUAAAUCUAGGGGUAUAUGAGGACAGCACAAAAGGCUUUGUAACAUCUGCUGGGCUCCAAUCCUUCUGUAACAUAUCAGUGGUUGAUUUAGACUUUCAGCUCCAACAUUUCUGUGAUCUCACGGAGACUAGCUUUCAGUGCCUGAAAGGGCUGCAGAAGUUGGACUUCACCAGAGCGCAUCUUUCAUCAUUCCCAUCUAAUUUGUCCAACCUGUCUACACUGUCUCAGCUGGUGCUGGAUGAGAAUUCAUUUCAAGACAUCUGCAACAUACAUGCGGCAAACUUCCCCAUGUUGACUCAUUUGUCAAUCAGUGGGAAUUUGAAGCCUCUGCUCUUUAAGGAGAGCUGUCUGCAACCUCUCUCUCACCUGAAAGAGUUAGAUCUUAGCCAUAGUAAAUUGACUACUGGGGAGUUUUGUUGUAACAAACAACUGUCUGGUCUCAGUGAACUGAAGCUUCUAAAUCUUAGUUAUAAUUACAUCAGAGAGCUUCUUCCAUUCAAUGCCACUCCACAACUACACAAUUUAGACUGCAGCCACAUGAACUAUAUCUUAAACAGCUUAUCUCCAUUUAGCAAUCUGCAAAAUCUUCAAACACUCAACCUGUCAUGGUCAGGAAGUGAUCUUUCAAAUGUACAACUUUUGAAGGGCUUGAAGAACCUACUAGUGCUCAAUUUAAAAGGGAACACCAUAAAAGGUGGGGUUCUCGCAAAAGCAGAGACCUUUAAUCAUGUUCCUCUCUUGGAAAGUCUGGUUUUGUCUGAAUGUGGGUUUACAGGCAUCAAGGAAAAUGUGUUUAAGGGCCUCACAAAGCUCAUAAAUGUAGACCUGAGCAAAAAUCACCUUGCCACACUUUCAUUUUCAGCCUUCUACUCACUAAAGCAGAUCCAGCUCAACUUUGCCAGAAAUGUAGUUGUGAAAGUCUAUGUCAAAAGUGUUGAGGAUUUAGGGGAAGUAAGUACCAUUGAUCUGAGCUAUAACCCACUGGUUUGCAACUGUACCAACUACCAGUUUAUUAACUGGGUUAAAGGAAAUGCAAACAAAAUGAAACAUUUACAAGAGACAGUGUGUGGAACCUCAAACCAGAAGAUUAUAGAUGUUGAUUUACAGUGUACAAUUUCAUAUGGAUUACUAAUUAUUUUGCUUACAGCUGCAAUUAUACUUCCUAUUAUAAUAUCCAUCUUCUGUUUCAUGAGGAAAUUUAAAUCUGUAUCUUACUCAAGAUUGUGAAGAAAU